AUGUUAUUCGCCCCUGGCGGACCACAGAGUCCUCGUCGCCGGAACCGACUCAAAGCCAUCUUUCUCACCAUCGCCCUUGUACUGACCCUGUACUUUCUCUUCUUCGCCGGCGGCAAGUCCCCUCGCAGUUCCACCUACCAGGAUGAAACGAAAUAUGUGCUGCGCCCAUCCGCGGCCAGCACACCCGAGAUAAUCAAUGGGCAGGAUCGCACUGCUGUCCGGCGACAAAAGGAGAUGGUGGUCGCGAGCAUGACCAAAGACGACACCUCGUGGGUGGCGGAAUACUUCCCAGAUUGGUCAAGGAGCAUCUACGUGGUGGAUGACAAGAGUGCUCCUCUGACGGUCGCACGUAAUAAAGGCCGCGAAUCGAUGGUCUAUCUGACAUACAUCAUUGAUCACUAUGAUAACCUCCCCGAUGUCAUGCUCUUUAUUCACUCCCUGCGCUAUCAAUGGCAUAACGACGAUCCCUAUUACGACGGUGUUCCCAUGCUACGCAAUUUCCAGGUCCCUUACCUUCGACAGGAGGGAUACGUCAAUCUACGCUGUGUGUGGACCCUGGGUUGCCCAGUCGAGAUCCACCCGCAAAGCGACACGCAUCGCCAGGAUGUUCACGCGGGUGAAUACUUUAGAAAUGGAUUCAUGGAGUUGUUCCCAGACACUCCGAUUCCCGAAGAAGUCGGUGUCUCAUGCUGCGCCCAAUUCGGCGUGACUCGCGAGAAAGUGCAUGAGCGCCCGAAAAGCGAAUAUGAACGCUACCGCAAGUGGCUCGUGGAGACCUCUUUGACAGAUGAUUUGAGUGGGCGGAUCAUGGAGUAUUCCUGGCACAUGAUAUUCGGAAAAGAGCCGGUGCACUGUCCCACGGCAGCAGACUGCUACUGCAAUGUAUUUGGUCUCUGCGAUCUCGAUUGCCAGGAGGGGAGCUGCGAGGGCCGAUAUGUCCUCCCUCCCUUCUCGUCCCUACCCAAGGGAUGGCCGUAUGUUGGAUGGAAGGGCCAAUCGCAGAACCCGGCCUCUGGGCUGCCUGAAUCAUGA